GCUGGGUAGAAACGGUAGACACACAAACCACCAAAUCGUGUUUUUAUGGCGUUAUUGUUUCUUUAUAAAGACAUUAACAGACUGGAAACCACUGGUCUUUAUCACACUGCUUAAAGAUGGUGCUCUCCGUCUGGUAAACAGCUAUUAUCUCCACAAUACCAAAUGACUGCCACAUUAACAGGGCCUCCUAUAGAGUCUACUUAAACCCUGUUUAUCCUGCGGCUGACCAGCCUGUUAGUCAUGAACUAUAAGUGGCGCAGCAAAAACACCUGCGCGAUACAUCCGAGCUGACCAGAGGAGUCGUAUAAGUCGACUGAUUCAGCAGUUUACAAAUACUCCACACGAGUGGAAAUUAACUCUGUGAUUCAGGUUCAGUUGGUGGCUUCUUGCCAAACGAACUCUCCUGAAAGUAAAGACUGAUAGUCUCUCAAAUUACAAAAAAAAAAAAAAUUAAAAACUACAUGUAUCUUUGUUUUCAGCCUUCAGAAGAAAGUGACAUGAUGUUGCCAACCUCCAAAUGCUCAUUAUGGUCUUUGUAAUGUGGCAAUUACCAUGUUUGUGAGCAUUCCUGUUGACACAUCAAUGGUGCUCAACAUGUUAAAUCACUGUGAAUGAAAGCAGCUCGGAUGCAUGUGUGCACAAGACGCAGCAUGUCGGGGAAAAAUCACGCAUCAUGUCCGUGUUUGCGCCGCAGAAUGAUCCCAGCUUCACCUGGAGAAGAUGGUAGGAGAACAGAAAGAAAAGAACGCAGCUUCACAAUCGUGCGUUCACAUCUGGUUCUGAAUCACCAGCCUGUGCUCAGACUUACAUGCUUGCAAUUUCCAAACUGGUUUUUCCUUUAACGGUUCACUUGAAACACCGACCGCAAUGUGUUGACUGUCAUGAUGUUGCAGAAUUUUCCUUGUGGUCAUGCAGGUUUUGGUGGUAUAGAGGAAUGCAGACAGGCCUGAUAACACCAGAGAUAUGUACUGGGAUUAGGGACCAGACCAUUGGCACAGGUGACAUAAUACAGACAAUAACUUUCAGAUCAGCAUGAUGAAGGACUUCUUGUUCCGACGACGAGUUGAAUCUUAAAGCACAACUUUCUCUGUGGCCUUCCUGACCUGCGGUGAAAGUCAACCUACUCAUUAAAGCCUCACUCUCGCUGUCUUACCUGUUGGCCCUUCCCUCAUCCUCCCUCCUCUCCACCCAUUCAUUGUCAACCCCUCCACGUGUCUCCUCCCCCUGGGUCAUAUAUAACGGUGAUGCCACAGGGAUUCCACUCCUCCUCAGGGACAUUUUACAGGUGUUGUUUCCAAUUUUUGACUGAAGUGUUAUGACUAAGGUGCACGAGGAGUUUAGGAGCGGCACUUUUAUAGUUUAAAGGUAAGAUUGAGACGCUUUCUUCUAAUUUGUUUUUUGUUGUUUUUUAAUUCUAUGUUUAAAACAGUACAAAAAAGAAUCCAACACAAAAAAUUAUGAAAUAAUUGGCUCUCCAACUUUCUUUCUUUCUUUUUUUUUUAUCUCACGUGGACGUCACCUGUCUUUUGCUUCCUCCAGUCGAACAUCAGGUGUCAAUGUCACCGUCUCUAGCCAGAUCUGCUCCGAGUGAGCUCAACCAUUGGUGGAGCCAGCUGAGGUUUCGCCUCCAAAAUAAGAAAGGAUGGAACGAGAUGUUGGAUGAGACGUUUCUGCUCUACACCAAACACAUCAACGACAUCCCUCUAUUCUACGCCGCUAAAAUCAACAGUGUUGGUUGUAUCAAGAAGCUGCUCAGCUGUGCAUCCACCAACAUCUUCGAGAGAGGAUCUCUUGGUGAGACAGCACUUCAUGUGGCGGUGAUGAACGACAACCUGGAGGCUGCCGUGGCUCUGAUGGACGGAGCCCCUGAACUCAUCAAUGAGCCCAUGACCUCCGAGCUCUUCCAAGGCAUUACUCCUCUCCACAUCGCUGUGGUGAAUCAGAACAUCAACCUGGUUCAUCAUCUAAUUAGUCGCGGGGGUGACGUGGCCACACCUCGAGUCACCGGUCUGUACUUCAGGAAGAGGAUCGGAGGGCUCAUCUACUAUGGUGAGCACAUCUUGUCUUUCGCCGCCUGUGCUGGGAACGAGGACAUUAUCUCCAUGGUAAUCAACGCAGGAGCCAGCACCAGGGUCCAGGACUACCGUGGUAACACAGUGCUUCACAUUCUGGUUCUGCAGCCCAACAAGACGAUUGCGUGCCAGGCCAUUGACCUGAUUAUGGCACGCGAUGCAGAGCUGGACCAGUCUGUGCCACUCGACAUGGUGCCCAACUACCGAGGCCUUACACCUUUUAAACUGGCUGCCAAAGAGGGAAACAUUGUAGCAUUUCAGCACUUGGUUAAUAAAAGGCGUUCAGUCCAGUGGAGCCUGGGCCCUCUGACCUCUUACCUGUACGACCUGACGGAGAUCGACUCGUGGGCCGACGACAUGUCGGUGCUGGAGCUCAUCGUUGGCAGUCCUCAGAGAGAGGCAAGAGGAAUACUAGAGGUGACCCCUGUGAGGCAGCUGGUGAGUCUGAAGUGGAACCUGUAUGGGAAACAUUACUUCAGGCUGCUGCUGUUACUGUACCUCCUGUACAUUGGGACCUUCACACUGUGUUGUGCAUAUCGCCCUCUAAAGGACGCUCCGGAGAAUUACACAACGUCAGACAUGGACAAAACCAUCCGAGUCCAGAAAACACUUGAUGAGAGUUAUGUGACAUAUGAGGACAACCUGCGGCUGGCGGGUGAGAUCAUCAGCGUCCUGGGAGCUUUGUUCAUCCUGCUGCUGGAGAUUCCUGAUAUACUGAGAGUGGGAGCAAAGCGUUAUUUUGGCCAGACAGCACUGGGAGGCCCCUUCCAUGUUAUCCUGAUCAGCUAUGCCUGCUUAGUGGUGCUGCUGUGCGUGUUCAGAGCCACCGAGGUGCAGGGAGAGGCUGUGGUGAUGGCUCUGUGUUUAGUCCUUGGCUGGAGCAACGUCAUGUUCUUCGCCCGAGGUUUUGAGAUGCUCGGCCCUUAUGUCAUCAUGAUACAGAAGAUUAUAUUUGGAGACCUGACAAAGUUUAUGUGGCUGAGUUUCAUUGUGCUCAUUGGUUUUUCCACCUCUCUGUGGAUGGUGUAUAUGACCCAGGAGCCAGGGUCCAUUCCUGCAUACCGCUCCUUCCCCAUCACCCUCUUCUCCCAGUUUGAGCUCAGCGUGGGCCUCAUAGAUCUGCCCGUGGACCACACCAUCACCACCCCACCCAUCGUCCAUGUGCUGCACUGCACCUUUUCUGUGGUCUCCUACAUCCUGCUGCUAAAUCUACUGAUCGCCAUGAUGAGUGACACACACUGGAGGGUGGCCCAGGAGAGAGACGAGCUCUGGAGGACUCAGGUGGUGGCUACAACAUUGAUGCUGGAGAGGAGGCUGCCCCGCUGCCUGUGGCCUCGACUCGGGGUGUGUGGGCUCAACUACGGUCUGAGGGAGCGCUGGUAUCUCAGGGUGGAGGACAGAAACGACCCGAUGUUUCUGAAGAUGCGCCGUUACAUCAAAGCUUUCACCAAUGAGGAUGAAAAGGAGGAGAAGACUGACACAAUGAAGGGGUCGAUGGCAGGGACUCCCAAGCUCAGACCUAAAAACAAAGCAGGGUUCAACAACAGGAAGUCUCUGUCAGGGUGGCAGAUGAUUCGCAACAGCGCUUUGGGUUUGGAGAUUGGACAAGAAGAGCCUGAGGAGGACCUGGACAUUAAAUAUGUCUAGGAAGAGAAGCUUCCUGAGCCUGAAGUGAAUUCUCUGAGGUGUGAACAUUUAAUACGUUGAUGAAAGUCAUCAAAAAGGACUUGCAAGCUGCGGACU